AUGGUCUACCUGGACUACAACGCUACGACCCCGUUGGACGAGAAGGUGCAGCAGGCGAUGAAGCCGUACAUAGAGGGGAGGUUCGGAAAUCCCAGCUCAUCGCACUGGUACGGAGUGAAGGAGAAGGAAGCUGUGGCCAAGGCGAGAGAGGAGGUCGCUGAUCUCAUCGGGUGCUCGAGUGAGGAGGUGUUCUUUACCUCAGGGGGAACGGAGUCGAUCAACUGGGCGCUCAAAGGAACAGCCGAGAGGUUGAGGAAGACCAAGAGACACAUCGUGACGAGCGCAGCCGAGCAUGUCGCCGUGCUGGAGUGCUGCAAGUAUCUCGAGGAGGUUCACGGCAUGGAGAUCACGCACGUGGGGGUCAACGAGUACGGAGAGGUUGACCCCGAGCAAGUGCGAGCUGCCAUAAGGGAAGACACGGCCCUUGUUACGAUCAUGCUGGCGAACAAUGAGACAGGAACCAUCAACGACAUCCGGAGCAUUGCCCAGAUCGCAAGGAGCAAAGGCGUCCUGGUACACACCGAUGCCUCGCAAGCGAUUGGCAAGAUCCCUGUUGACGUGAAUGACCUCGGAGUCGACUUCUUGACCGUCGCUGGUGAACAUGCAAAGCAUGUUGUAGCGAACACGUUAACGGACUCCGGAACUUGGCCAGGUCACAAGCUCUAUGCUCCUGCUGGGGUCGGAGCGUUGUACAUCCGUCAUGGAACCGAACUUCCCAACUUCAUGCAUGGUGCAGGGCACGAGCGAGGACGAAGGGCCGGCACAGAAAACACCAUGCACCUCGUGGCGUUGGGAGCGGCAUGCAAGGCUAUUCCGGGUAUAGAGCUCAACGGGCAUCCUGAGCGUCGUCUCCCAAAUACCCUCAACGUGCUCAACCUCCCCUUCUCGUGUGUUCGAUCUCAUGGCGAUCUUCAGAUCAUUGCUCAGACAGCCGAUCGCCUAGCCUUCUCUGCAGGCAGUGCUUGUCACGCAGGGCAGACGGGGCAUGUCAGCCAUGUCCUCAAGGCUAUGAACAUCAGCAAGGACAAAGCUUUCAGGUGCUGCCAUCUCCGCAUCCGGAACCAUCACUGA